CCUCACUUAGUAGAGGAACUUCAACCUGUCAUCUUGUCUGUCCCGUUGUGCCCAUCCCCAGGAGCCCUUGAACCAGCCUCUAGACCUCGAAUCACCUCACCACCAUGAAGCUCAUCACCCUCCUUACCACCGUGGGCCUAUUCAGUCUCGGUUCAAGCGCCUGCAACUGUGUACACAACAAUGAUGCCGGCCGUUGGAUCGACAAGAAUUCGCCCGCAGCAGCGGCUGUUCCGUUGAUUAAUGCCAACGGCGGUUGCUAUACAGCCACCGGCCAGGGACGUAUGUGUGUCGGCCUUACGAACGGCAACCAGGCUGUCAAGGACUGCCUCGGACAGGUGGCAAGCAACUGGCAGAGCUACCAUAGCGAUUGGUUUCUUUGGACGUCUAUUACUUGCGAUGAUGGCAAUGCACAUGCCCAGCUUACAAUCACUUAGUAGCGAGGUUGGGAUUGGGAGUAGAGUCGAUGGAAAAGGACGCUGCUAGGUGGAUGGUCUUGUUAGGUGUGGUAAAGGAAAGGAGCGGAGUGGAGCACAGCGCUGAAAUUAGAUAGUCAAUUCAACUUGACUACAUUUAGUCUGUUUCAUCCGCCAAAAUACUUCCUUGCAUCUUG